CACAGUCCAUGGUCUCAUGCAGCUAACAUCGUCCAAGGCCCAUCGCCUGAACCUCACCUCCUGACAAGACACCACUCACAUCCCAUCUCAAUUCACAAUGCCUCCCAACAACAAUGCGAUACCUCCCAGAAAGGAGGUCACAGGCCAGCCUGCCCUGCCUCUGGCCCGCGUGAAGAAGAUCAUUGGCACAGAUCCAGACAUUGGAAUCUGCUCAAACAACGCGGCUUUUGUCAUUACUCUGGCAACGGAAAUGUUCAUCCAGUACCUCGCUGCCGAGGGCCAUAACAUGGCAAAGGCAGAGCGUAAACCUCGUCGUAACGUUCAAUACAAAGACUUGUCAACCGCAGUCAACCACCACGACAACCUCGAGUUCCUCGAGGACGUCAUACCCAAGACGGUCCCCUACAAAGAAAUCAAGGACUCCGCCGCGGCGGCGCGCCUCAACCCUAGGAAAGCCGAUCAGGAGCCCAAGAAGCGGCAGUCGACCCUCAAGACCAAAAACACCAACGCCAGCGCUGGCGCUUCCAGCAGCAACAGCAAUGGUAUCAACGGCUCAGCCGGCGCCGCCGCCGCCUCGGAUCCAAUCACGGCUGGUUCCUUCCACUCCGACGACCCCAACGCCCAGCUGGACGCCGAGGCUCGUCAGGCGGCUGGUAAUGAGGACGUUGACAUGACGGGAUAGGCGAAAUUCUAGUCCGUCUUUUUCUCCUGCACUCCAUUGUAGGGUCAGGCCAGGCCCUUUUCUCAAGCUGAAAAGACCAUCUGGAAGCUUGGCAGGCUCUUGUUUGCAACUGUUUGUACGGGAUAGGGGCAUCUUGGUCAGUGGACCUUGGGGCUUAAGAGCAUACAUCAUAGCCAGAACCACAGCAUUCACCA